AUGCUUCUGUCAUUCAUCAUCCUCACCGUUUCGACAUUCGCCUUCUGCAUUGCAGCCUCCACCUCUGCAAAGUCGGUGCACUAUGUGGUGCAGGAGGAGUGUGGGCCCGGGACGUACAUCGGGAACCCCAUUCGGGAUGCCAAUAUCCAAAAUGGAAAUAAGCAACCCCUCUUCAUCAAGCUGAUGUACGGUAAAAAAGAGGAUUUUGCAUUGAACGAAACUACAGGAGAUUUGCGUACCACUCGGCAUCUGGAUCGAGAAGCUCUGUGUGGUCGUGGCGUGCGACCACAAAGAGAGUUUAAUCCAUUGCCUUCACAACGAUUAGACAACAUCAAAACUGCCAAGGACAUUAGGUACGCCAAUGUGGCCAUUUCCAUCGCCGCGUCAUCACAGAAGUGUCAAGUAGAGUUGAGUAUGGUGGUGCACAGUGGAGACAAGCUCUUUGAGACCUGGAUCAACGUUCACAUUAUUGUGCAAGACUUGAAUGACAACCGGCCCUACUUUGAAGAAGAGUCCUGGAACCUUACAUUGAGUGAACUAACCUCUGUUGGUGCCACGUUCCAACUUCCGCAGGCUGUAGAUUUAGAUGAAGCAGAACGUUCCGUCUUGCGCUACGGUUUGGUCGACGAGAGCUCGCCCUCCUGUCGAAAUCACUUUUCUAUCACAUGCCAGUCUGAGAUAGUCUCCUGUGAUCUUCAUCUGGUUCUUGAGAAACCUGUAGACUUUGAAUUGUGCCAGCACCAUCAUCUGAUCCUUUUUGCAGAGGACUCUGGCUCUACAGAGGCCAUUUUGCCUAUUCGCGUCAAUGUAAAAAAUGAAAACGAGUACCAACCUCGUUUCAUACAAUCCACAACCCAAUUAAGCAUCCCCCGAGAUAGCCAGUUUAGAAUUCCAAUAACCAAAUUUCAUGCAGUGGAUAAAGACGCAGGGAAGGAUGGUGAAAUCAUUUUCUUAACGAACUCAACCUACUUUGAGGUGACUGAUGGGAAGUUAAUGCUUACGAAAAGUCUGCUGCACUACCCAGAGAAGAGAAUGAAAGUUUUUGUGACUGCCACCGAUGCGGGAAAUCCACCACUUCAGUCAACCCUAGAGUUGACUAUCGAAAUAACCGGUGAGGAGACGGAAGCACAACCUGGUAAGAUUUUCGUCAAACCGCUUGGAGGGGAAACUAUUAGUGGCUCCGAUGCACCCAUCAUGCUUCCCAAUUCUGCAGAGAGGGACACACUAGUUGCUUUAGUCUGGACUGAAGGUGGCACCCCUAAAGUUUCAUGCUCCUUGCAUCCCGUUCUUUCUCACUUUUCCCUUGAAAAUGCCGGUCUCCUUAUGGGCAAACCCACGUUUACCCUGAAAGUUAGCAGGCCAUACAACUUUUCACAAAAAUUCGACAUCAUGCGAAACCGUGUUGAGGCCCAGGAUGUUCGUGUCAUUUGUGGUAGCAGUCAAUUAAGUCUUCGUGUCCGUUUAGCACCUCCACCGGGACAACAAUUUCGAUUUGCCCAGAAGGAGAUUCACUUGUCUAUUGAAGAAUCCUCUAGUCCAAUUAUCGGUUUCUAUACUCUCAAACCCCUGAAUGGAGUCGGUGAGGUACAUUUUGGGAAGGAUCGCAACUCCCUUGAAUGCGCACGGGUACACGUGAACUCGAAAACAGGAGUCUUAUCAAUUCCCCACGGGAUUGAUCGCGAAGUCACGCCGGAAUUGCGUUGUCGUUUCUCCGCCUUCGAUAGUGACCAACCUCCGAAUCGGAUUCGAGUUGAUAUAGUGAUAGUCGUGAAGGAUAUCAACGACUGCGCACCAUCCUUAUCCCGCUUGCACUACUCUUUACCGGAAUAUGAUGGCUUAGUUGAAACUGCUGGCCUUCCUGCUUGGGUGUCACUUCUCAAACUUGAUGCUCUUGAUCCUGAUGCAGGAUUGAAUGGAUCUGUUCAUUUUGAGCUGAGAAGUGUGAAAACCCUCGGCAACGGCUCUAACAACGAUCGUAUUCCCGAAUUUCGUUUAUCCACCGAGUCUGGUGAAGUUUCUAUUAAAGGGAAAGAUUAUCCCCUUUUGGAUAGGGAGGAAAUCUCAGAAAUAAUGCUAUUUGUAUACCUUUAUGAUUUGGGCAGUCCCUUCCGACUCUCGGCUACAUAUGAGGUCAAGCUUACUUUGGAGGACGUUAACGACAACACUCCGAUGUUCUUUGAUGUUGAGGGCGAGGCGCUCCUUCGAAACAUGCCCUGGUAUCGCUCAACAGAUCCUCCACCUGGAUUUUGGACUCAAAUUCGCAUCUACGAUCCCGAUCUGGGAGAAAAUGGAACUACCUCGCUGUCGGUACUUGAAAAACCACCUGAGGACUCCACAGAUCCCACUUUACGUCCACAUCAAGUGACCCUCUUCAAGGAUGGCCGCUUAUGGGUAGCAGAGGAGUUGACAAAGGGCAUAGCUUUUCAAGUGGUCUAUCUCCGUGCGGUUGACAAAGGCUCCCACCGCCAGCUUCACAGCGAGGCCAAACUUGUAGUUGAUCCCGAGAGUGAUCAGCAUGGUCGUAACCAGUUAAAACGUCCAAUGUUUGUGCAUAGCAACAGCUACAGUGCAGGACGUUUCAUGCAAAAGUUGGUGCGUCUCAAAAGCACUUCCCCGUCCUCCCUUGAUGCUAUGACCAAGGCUCACAUCAUCCUCCUCAUUGUCGGUGUCAGUCUGAUCUGUUGCAUUCUGGCGAGCACCUGCGUUGCUUGUGUGGUCCUACGAAAGUGA